GUGUUGUGGACGGCAUCGCGGCGUUCGAACCUACUCAUCAGAGCGCGCGUAUAAAUGCCUCAGCCCUGCCAGAAUCCUCCUUUCACCCUUCCCGGUCCUUUUCACUUUCCGUCUCCCGCUCAGGCUUGGCCCUCGGCUUCCGUCUGGUAUACGAUCAGGAAUCGCUACCGGCCACUGCGUCUCGACAGACUUUCCGUUCUUUCAUUCACGACCUGGUGUCCCGCCUCUCAUUGCCCACUAGCCCUUGACGUUCCAUCAUGAAGUACUCUGCUGUCCUCGCUAUUGCCUUCGCCCUUUCCGCCUCUGUCGCAGAUGCCCGCCCCAUGCGCCGCGCUGCCUCCGCCCAGGACACGAAGAACGGCCAGGACGCCGCCGCCCUCAACGCCCAGUUCAAGAGCAUGACAGUCGGCCAGGCCUGCACAACUGGCCAAAACGCGUGCAUUAACGGCGCCUUUGCCCAAUGCGCAAACGGCAAGAUGGUCUCCCUGGGCUGCGCGCCAGGCACGACUUGCGCAGCCGUCCCUAUUACUGGUGGCCCCGGCACCCUUGUUAUGUGCACAACUCAGGCCGACAUUGACGCCCGCUUCGCCGCUGCCGGGGUCUCCAACACCGGUGCUGCUGCAUCCGGCGCUGCCGCCUCUUCAAGCGCUGCAACCGGUGCAACGGCCUCGUCGAGCGCCGUCGCUGCCUCAUCGAGCGCUGCAGCUGGCACCAAGGCCACCUCGAGUGCUGCCGCUGCCUCCAGUGUAGCCGCCUCUGCUACUUCUAGCGCAGCGGCCGCUGCUUCCAGCUCUGCCGCCAACAACGCCGGCGGCGCCGCCGCGGGCAACAACAACUCGACUGACCCGCAGUCGUCGCUGACGCUCCUCGACUCGGUCAUCGCCAAGGGCUUCGAGAACGACGGGCAGAGCCAGCCCGAGGCCGGGCAGGUCGCGUCCAAGACGUCCUCGAACAACUUUAUCAACUUCUGCGCGACGGUGCCCAACCUCCCGAUUACGAACGGGCAGCAGAUCAAGGCGGGCUCGUGCAACCCGGCCCCGAUGGGCGUGAUCGCGAGCACGGCGAACAUGCCCUCGAGCAAGUUCGUGUUCCCGACCAACAUGGGCACCGUCCCCGCGAACAAGGCGUUCACCAUCCAGAUGGCGAUCAGCCACCUCGACACGGGCUUCUUCGUGAACGCGAACGAGAACUACUUCGCCGCGCCGCAGUUCACGAACGCCGCGGGCGACGUGCAGGGCCACUCGCACGUCGUCAUCGAGCAGCUCACGUCGCUCAACCAGACGGAGCCGACGGACCCGACCAAGUUCGCGUUCUUCAAGGGCCUGAACGCCGCCGCGCAGAACGGGAUCCUCACCGCGGACGUCCCGGCGCCCGGCCUCCCUGCGGGCGCCUACCGCCUUGCCUCCAUCAACUCCGCGGCGAACCACCAGCCGGUGUUGGUCGCCGUCGCGCAGCACGGGUCGCUCGACGACAUGGUCUACUUCACCGUCCAGUAAACACGAGGCACUACGACCGCACCGGCCUCGCCGGGGCAUCCCCUCCUUUGGUCACGCUCUGAAUCAUCAUCACGCUUGGUAUCUAUUGGGUAUUUAUUCGGGCAAACAACCCUACGCUUUGAUAGCUGUGUAUAAUCUGUCCGUCCGGUGUAAUAGCCUGUUGUACUGGUCUUGUCAAUCGAGUUGAACGAGCGGAAGCCGAUCGGGAAUCUUCCAUCCAUG